GAGGGACAGAGAUAGAGAGUGAGAGAGAGCCAAAAUUCUGAGAGAUCAAAGAGUGAAAAAAAAAGACAAAAUUAUUCAGGUUGACAGAGAUGGAGAUAGAUUUUAUGCAAUAGUUUGUGACGUAGACAGCAAAGCAAUAACUGAUGACGUAUGUUAGUGAGUAAAGCAGAAAUAAAAUAAACGAGUGUAGCCAGCAGUUGAGUGAGAGUGUGUGCGUGAGUGAGUGCUCCAAGUGGCUGAAUUACCCAGCACUGAGAUAGAGAGAAAGAGAAAGACUAGUAACCAGAGUGGGAGAUAUACAUACCUAAGGAGGAACCGUCGCCUGUUCUGUCUGUCGGUGUACUGUAAACGGGCAUGUUGUGACAUUCAAGUGAAAAUAUCUACCGGUUGCCAUAAAAAAAUUACAAAGAAAAAAUAUUACAAAGAAGCCAAAACACCUAAAUCAAGAAAAUGGGUAUUGCAAAUGACCUCCAAGGGAGGUCAUCACAUGAGGCACUCAUUCGUCUGUUAGAUGAAGAACUUAGCCUUAUGGAGACCAUGAAAAAGUGUAUGGCCAUUCGAGUUGAAGGUGAUCGGAAAUAUGUGGAUAUGCUCUCUAACUUUCUACAAGCCGCUCAGAAAAUAGGAACAGUGGAAUUUCAAACAUCAAUAUAUCGAGCAUGGAACUGUAUUAUUGAAGAAACAGAGAAACUUGUAAAUCAUGUCAGAAAAAAUGUCGAUGAACUCAGCUCAAAAACAUUAAAAGCUUUGGGAAAUUUGAUACUGGAGAAGAAAUCAGCUAAGAAGUCUUACAUAGAAGAAAGGAUCUAUCUUGAUGAAGAAUUACUGAAGAUCCAAGAUGAUGUGAACAAACAGGAAAAUGACUACACAAGAGUACUUGAUAAGUUCAAAGUUGACAAAGCCAGAUACGAUGAUUUAUGUGCAAAAGGAAAAAUUAAGAAAAUUGAAGAUGCUAAGUCCCACUACCUUCGAACAACAUCCAAACUGCACAAACUACACAAUGAAUAUAUCAUUGCAAUUAAAGUAGCUUCAUUACACCAGAAUGAUUAUCUUGUCAAACUUCUCCCUUCAUUUCUGACACACCAUGAAGAAACACACAUUGGUCUCACCGAAGGAUGGAAAUACAUUUUGUCUCAGUACACUCAACUGACAGAUCUGACCAUGUCAAAACCCAGUUCCCCAACAAGUAUAAUAUCCAAGAGUGUUAAUAAUAUUGAACCAGACCAAUAUUUCCAGGACUUUGUUGCCAAACAUAAAUCUAACCCACUAACUGGUGAAAAGGUGACCUUCACAACAGCUCUACUCAGUGACUACUCAGGUACACUCAAAGCAGAAAAAUUAGCCAUUGAUGACCUCACUGCUACUUCUGUUAAGCAAAAACUCGAAGAUAUUCGGAAAGAUGUCACUAAAUAUGAGGAACAGAAGAACACUGUCUUAAAAGAACAAACUCAACUAGAAGCAGAUGUUGAGACAUGUUCAAGACUUUUAAAAGAGAAGGAUGAAAACACCACUGUGUUGGAAUUACAAAAACUCAAACAUAAAGUUUCUCUUAAUAAAUGGAAUUUCAUCAAGACAAAAUGUAACUACUUACAUUAUCAAGCUGUUGCUGAUUUUAUUGAUCAGUCUAUACAAGAAAUUGAUGGUGAACCCCCACCUGCUAUACCACACUUAGAUUUUGAUCCAUCAUGUUUGCAAGUUGGCUCUGGGGCUACAUUACUUAAAAAAUUUAAUUCCAUGCCUAAUACAUUAAGAAGGUUUGCUAGUCGAAGUACUUUGUUCAAUAUGAGUACAAUAGAUUACUCAGCUGAGGAUGGCACUUCAAUGGUAUCAGCAAGUUCUUCACAAACAAAAGCCAGAUGGAAUAUAACAAAUAUUUUCAAAAGUCUUGGUAGUAACGUGAUUUCCACACCAUCUCCAGACAACACUGAGAGCAAACAAAACCAAAACCAAAACCAGAAACAGAACUAUGAAGAACAGUUUGAUGUUAAGGGUGUUGAAGAAUACAAUGGAGAGGACAGCUCCUCUUCAGUAGCAUCCCUCUCUUCUUAUCUGAGAAGGUCACACGUCAAUCUUUCCAAGAACACCAACAGCAGUUGGUUGAAAACAUUGCAUACUACUACCGGCCGAGGUCUGGCUGAGAGAAACAAGUGGGAGUGUUACGAGGAAUCAAGCGUGCGGAAAAUAAGCCAGGAUUUGGGCAAUUUUAAUGAGACUGCACCAGUCAGCCAAAGAUUAGAAGAUGAAGAAUGGUUUCAUGGAGUUCUUCCUCGAGAAGAAGUACAGCGUCUUUUAGUCACUGAUGGGGAUUUCUUAGUUCGUGAAAGUAAGAACAAGAAAACAAAUGAAGUUUUGUAUGUACUUUCUGUUUACUGGAAUGGUCAUAGACAUUUCAUUAUUCAAACAAAAGAGGAGGGUUGGCAUUUGGAAGGUCCCACUUUUCCAACCAUCCAGCAUCUCAUUCAUAAUCAGAUGACUAAAGGACAGCCGGUUACAAGUAAAUCGCAAGCAAUUUUGAAAAAUCCAAUUUUAAGAGAGCCGUGGGAAUUGAAGAAUGAUGAUAUUCUUCUUGAUAUGAAAAUUGGCAAUGGUAAUUUUGGUGAAGUGUACAAGGGUAAAUAUAAACCAGAAGACAAGGUGGUAGCGGUAAAAACAUGUCGAGAUAGUUUAACUGAGGAACAACGAAAAACCUUCUUGCAAGAAGGGCGUAUUCUAAAACAAUACGAUCAUCCAAAUAUCGUAAAAUUCAUUGGCAUUGCAGCCCAGAGAAAACCUGUCAUGAUUGUCAUGGAGUAUGUUGAAGGUGGGUCAUUGUUGUUAUUUUUGCGAAAAAAUGGACGACAACAGACACGAAAUCAGCUGGUAUUAAUGUGCGAGAAUGCUUCUAGUGGAAUGAAUUACCUAGAGAGUAAAAACUGUAUACACAGGGAUUUGGCAGCACGCAACUGUCUUGUUGGAGAAAACAGCGUCAUAAAGAUUUCUGACUUUGGUAUGUCUCGUGAAGAAGAGAUGUAUGUUGUGUCAGAUGGAAUGAAACAAAUUCCUAUCAAAUGGACUGCUCCAGAAGCAUUGAACUAUGGAAAAUAUACGUCACUGUGUGAUGUAUGGAGUUUUGGCAUUCUUAUGUGGGAGGUUUUCUCUUCCGGGCUUACACCUUAUCAAGGUAUGAGCAAUGCACAAGCGAAGGAACGAAUUGAUGCAGGCUACCGUAUGCCAGCACCUCAAGGAACACCUGAGGAAAUAUAUGAACUGAUGCACCGGUGCUGGAAGUACGAUCCAGAAGCUCGACCUCAUUUUGAUGAAAUCAACAAGGAAUUAAAGAAAAUCUUAGCAACCAUCUAGAUUUAAGAAUUAGGCAUUGUUACUACGCAACAAACUGAAAUUUGUUUCUAGGCAACAAAUUAUUAAACAUGAAAGCAUUUUUAGAGUGCUGUCUAUCCUAGAGUGAAAUGUAUAGCAAAAUGAGAAAGAAACCCAUUCCUCUCUUUUGCUAUGUUUUUCUUUCAGAAUGAAAAAAGAGAAAGAAUUAUCUUGAAGAAAUGGUUAGGAUUUUGUACAGAUUAAAAAGAAUCAAAUGGACUACAUAUUUUCUUUGUCUAAUUUUUAUAUUUAAAGAAAAAAUCCCAAGCAAAAGUAGGCAAUAAAUAUAUUUAACUUAAAAUUUCACAGGGAGAGAAAAAAAAAAAAAGAGAAAUGAAAGAAAAAUUAUUAAAGGGAAAUUGCUUUAAAACUUGGGUUGCUUUUUCCGAUAUCUUAUAAUUUAAUUUUUUUAAUGGGAUGGGAUUCAGAGAUUAAUCAUUCUUUUUAACUAUUUUUAUUCCUCUUUUUCUAAGCUGACUGCAUUUUCUACAUCUGAGUCCAAUUUUUAUAAAUUUUAUCCAGCAAAUUUACAGAUCUAUUUUCACUUCAUCUCUAUCACUUAUAAUUCUACUCUAUUGCAGUCUUUUCCCUUGCUCUUACCUUAAUUUCUGACACAUGUUUUGUUUCUUUUUAUUGAAAUAUUUCAAACCCUGCAAUGCCACCUGAAAACACCCUUAAAUAAAAAAAAAAUAUCAUUUGCUAUCAGAAAAUUAUAUUUUUCUAGCUGCAUUUUUUUUUUAUUAUUAUUAUCCAUUAUCUAUUUUUUAUUACCCUAACUAUAAAAGUAAAAAAACCAAACACCCCUAAAAGUAAAGAAUAAACUUUCAUAACUGUGAGAUAUUUGAUGAAAUAAUGAAGGUAAUAAUCACUGGUAGUUAUGAUGACCAACUGAAGAUAUGAGGAUUUUUCUAGAAGUUACAAUGACCUCCAACUUGCACACAUAUUUUUAUUAUUUCUAGAAGACUUUACAGUUUGUCACUGGCUUCUUUUCAGCCUUUCCCUGUGACAAACAUGUAAUGUGAAAGAAAUUGCAGCUCUUCUCUCUCCCAUGCAUCGACACUUUCAUACAAAUAUCUUUUCCAUUUACUUUCAUAUUCUUUCUCUCUAUCCAUCAAUCCAUCCACAUAUCCAUCCAUCUAUAUAUGUAUGUAUAUGUGUAUAUAUAUAUAUAUAUAUAUAUAUCCCUCUCCCUUCUUACAUAUAUGCACACACACACACACACAUAUCUAAAAUUAUUUUUAUACAUAAUAUAAUGGCCAUAAGGAUACCUCUAUUCCUGCCAAUCAACCAACCAACCUACUUACACACAAACACAUACACACAUAGACAACACAUUUCCAACAAAGUGUAUAUUUAGCAUAUACAUUCAGACUCUCUCUUCAUCAUAUCAAAUUGGUAAUUUUUAUCAAAAUUGACAAAGAAUCUAUUAUAAAAACACAGAAAUCCUAAGAAUUUGAUUCUACAACAGGAAAAACAAAUAAUUAUUUGGGGACCAGUGUGUUCUGUCAGUUCUAAAUACUUGGUUUAAUUAAACCAAUUGUAUUGAGUGCCAACCUUAAAAUUUUCUCCUCUCUAGGGUAUCUUCUGAUACCUCCAGCUAAUACCUUUUUUUCUCUCUCACUACCCAUUCACUCCUAUUCCUGCUACAUUACUGUAUAAAACAGCUGGUGUACCUACAAAAUCAAGCUCGGCACUUCUCUUGUGUUCAAGAGGGUGCUGCUCCAUUGGCUUUGACUAUGCCAGAUCUUGCAUUGUCAGAAAAUCAUCUGCAGUGCCAUGGCAGCCCCCACUGAGGAUUUAGUGAUACGUGAUGUGAUGUAGAUGCUGGUAUGAUGUUAAUUCUUUCUUCUGUAGUCAUAUAUCUGUUGUGCUAUUGUUACUUUUUAAAGGCAAUGGAAUUCCAGAAUCCAUACAGUGACAGGGAAAAUAUGUCUCACAGCAUUUGGUUAUUGCAUUUUAUGUUCUUACUUCAAAUCUUGCCGAACCUGACUUUGCCAUUUCAGUACACCUGUAAAAUACAGGAAUGGACGUAACCAACUGUUUGGGAUUUGUGUUUAUGUUAAACACUAACUUUUCAUACUAAUUCUCAAUACAUCCUACCCUUCUAACACAAAGAAUCUGUUUUAUUCAUGCAUACUCACACACACACACCUUUUUAAGGUCAUACAAAUUUUAUUCCUCCCUAGAGUUCCCAUAAAUGAAAGAUAUUUAAUCUUUGGACUUAAAAUUGCAGUGAAUCACCUGCAAAUUCAAAAAGUGGCUUGGUGACAAGUUGUGACCAUUUCGCAUUGCUUAUGUUGCUAAUUUCUUUGAGAAAGCAUGAACAUACUCUCAUAGACCCCUCGUUGUAAACUUCAAAACCACCUGCCUGUAUAAGACAUACUAUUAAGUCAAAUAGCCAUUAGUUAUUUAGAUAUUAUUCUUAGUUAUUUUUCCUACUUCUCUUGAAAAUAUUAAGAUUAUCAAAUUCAUUAGAUGUGCAUUUUUCUUGUUGUUAGCCUCUGGUCAGUCACCAUUGAUUGAGCAGACCUAUCAUCAAAAGUGUUCAAAGUCAAUUUAGGGAUAUAUUACUCUUCAAUUGUGUCCUCCUUUUUUUAAGAUGGUAGGUUAUGAUUUGAAGAAGAUUUGACUGCUGAGUAACUGCGUAGAGGUCCCCUUGUUUAGCUCCUCUCUGUGUGCUGUGUGUGAAGGACAGUGAUAAUUGCAUGCCUAUUUUUGUUUAUAUAGCACUAGCAUAGUAAUAGUAGUAGUAGUAGUAGUAGUAGUUCCUUUAAUCAGUAUCAUGGAUUGUUGGUUUUAGGUGGCAGAUUAUAUAAUAGCAAGACUCAGCACCUGCUGGUAUCAGUUGUGUACGUAAUAAAAAUAAAUCUCGUGCUUGCAAAUACAACUUGAAAGGGAUUUGAGCAGUAAUUGUCGUUGUUGUUAUCAUCAUUGUUAUCCCCCUUGUGUUACAGUGUGCGUUGCACAGGUCUGCAGAAUGGUUUACUCUGCUGCUGCUCUCUUGUCUUUGCUGAUUUCUUCAGUUUUCUCAAAACCUCAUAGAUCGCCCUUGACACCAUAAUUCUGUUUCUCUGAUCUCUCUCUCGUCUCUCAUCUCUCAUUUGUCGGUUCACCGCAUCCAUUUUUCCUCCCUUCAAUCCUUCUCCUCUUCCUCAACCAUUAUCAUCAGAACUCCAUAUCAGUCCUCUAUUCUAUAAGCAACCUCUUCUAUUACUGAUUCAAAGGUUUAAUGGGUGUUGCCUCACAUACCUCAAAUCGUAUUUUAUGUUGGGAAUAAUGUUAACGUUUAUACAUUAUCAUUUAAUUUUACUUUCUAUCGUUUAAUCCUUUUGUUUCUUUUGGGUAGCUUAUGUCUUAUCUUACUGACUAUAUUUUAUACUUGAGGGAUUAACCAUGACAAAAUUUCAAAUAUGAAUGUCUGUACACUUCCUGUAAAGUUGAAGAAAGUAUUUUCAGAAAUACUCCAGAAACCACAUCAAUCAAUCGGAUAUUGUGAACAACUUCCAGAACUAAAUUACCCUUGUUCCACCUUAACCCACUGUCAAUUUUUUUUAAAUCAAGAAUUAUAAUGAAGAUGUAUUCUUUUUUCAUCUUCUUCUGGCUCAUAGUUGAUGUAGAAUCAACGUUGGCUCCUGUACGAAAAGGAGACACUUACAAUUAUAUUGCUAAACGGUUUUACAUCAAGAAUUAAACUUAAAGAACCACUCUUCAUCAAAAAGAUGAUAAAAAAAAAAAAAAUGAAACGAAAAGCAUCUUUGAAUUGAAUUUCCAAAGGUUUUAGAUACCUGAAAAUGACAUUGAAAAUUCUGAAAAUCAGGCAAUGUGGAAGAUUUAACAGAUUCUUCUAAAAAUUAUUUUUUUCUUGAAUUAUUAAAAAAUUAUACUGACCAAAAUUGCUGUCAAAUAAUUCCACUUAUAGGUGAUUAUAAUUUCUUUUAAUUAUUAUGUUUUUUUUUUUUACUUCCUUAAUAAUUUGAUGAUUGAACUGGCUUUAAAUGUUCUUUGCAUGGUCUCAAAUAUCUUAAGUCUAUUGUUAUUUCUUGUUUCUGCUGAUCUGAAUGGAAUUUUGCAGGAAACAUGCAAAUGUCUUCCAAAUAUAUGUUU